GCGAGCCGGGCGGAGGGAGGAAGGGGGAGGAGUGUAACUUUUCGCAGCUCGGGAAGCCCAAGGUUGUCUCUGGUUACCGCUGCCCACGGCCGCGGCGGGGGCGGGACGGCCGCAGGAAGCACCGACGCGCCUUCCACAAAGGCCAAAUGGUGGCAGGAGCCGCGGGAGCGGCUGCGGGAGGGCGGCACGAAAGGGCUCUCCCUGAAUCCCGGCCGCUCCAUCCUGGCUCUCCUCAUCGCUGCCGCUCGGUACUUGAGACUUAUGUAUAAGCUGCAGUUGCGUUUUUAAAAGCAGGUUUUGCUGGGCUUAAUAAACGUGUGUUAUUCUGGGCUACGAGCAGGUGGAUGGGACUGGAGGAGCAUAAAGAUCGGUCUCUAUGCAUAUUGCAGAUUAAGCUCGCAAAUAGGUGCAGUUAAUAAUUUCUGCCCUAGUUAGGCCUGGAAUUUUUCGAACUGUGUUGGAAUGCUCGUUUCUAAAAGCAUAGGUGGGAGCCUUAUGCAGUAGUUUUCCACUUUAUUUUUGAUGUGGCUAAAAUUCCAUAGCUCGGGCAGUUAACUGCAAUGUGGGAAAUGCCAUUAACAUUUAAAUGAUGCUGUAAUUUCAAAAUUCUAAAGUGACCCCUAAACACGUACUAGGAAAGGAAGACAGAAAGUAAUCCACUAGAGAUAUAAUUCAUAGUGAUUUGCAGCUACUGUGCCUUCUAUAGUUGCUUUUUUUUUCCUAACAUUGUAAAAAUUACACCUAAUAACCUUACUUUUGUACUUCUUCCUGACACUUAACCCAGUAUGCUCAGAAAUCAUACAGGGGAAAAGUCAAAACCUCCACAGUUACUUCUGCAGGAAUCCUUUGAGGUGUCUAAUAAAGAAAUUAAAUUUGAAAACUUCUUGACUUCAUCUCCUUCUAGCAAAAUAUUGGACUUCUAAACCACAAGUAACAGUACUAUUUUUUUUCAUCCAGUGCUUCUAAUUCUGUUGGGUUUGGGGUUUUUCAACUAAGGUGCUGAAAUCUAAAAUUUUUCAACGUUUUACUAUGCUUGUUAGCUUUGUGAAGUUGUUUUAGCAUUAAAGAAUCCUAAAACUCUAAAACGUGUGUUUUUAUAUUCAGUGUAUAGAAAAUGCAGUGACUGCACACCUCUCCCUGUGACCUAACAAGUACUCUUUAAUGAACCUCAAUAGUGACCACCUGAAGUCCUGCUGUUUCAGAGCAAAUAGUUCCGAGGUUCUGUAAGCGGAGGAGCCCUUUGCUAGCAUCAGGCUAUGAGUUGCUAUGUAAGAUGAACUGUAGGCGUUUACUUGCCCGUCUGUCUGAAUUCGCAUCAUCCUACCUCAGUGGAUGGCUUGGCCUCUGGGAUAGCUCAAGACUCUUGGAUGACCACGCUUUAUGCAAAAUCCAGAAUCUUCCUGCCUGGACUCCUUUCUGUUUUCUAAGGGUUCAUGUUGGGGAGAGGCCUAAAGCGCAAGCUGAGUGACUAUGAGGAGAGCAUGGCUGGUCUCUCGAGUGCCUUUGACUCCAGCCGAGGUCUGUCCUACCCCCUCAAGAGGCAGCUGGUGCUCAACAUGUGCCUCACCAAGUUACAGACGUACAAAAUGCUGGUGGAGCCCAACCUGCACCGCUCCGUGCUCAUCGCCAACACCGUGCGCCAGAUCCAGGAGGAGAUGAGGCAAGAGAGCAGCCAGCAGCCAGUGAACAUCUGCCCUGGCAUUGCUGCUGCUGCUUCUCACAGCUACCCAGGGAUGGAGGCACCUGGCAUUUCCCUUCAGCUGCCGUCAGGUGUUGGUCAGCAGGAGCCCCACUGCUGUGAGCUGCGCUCUGGGGAGGAUCCGAUUGAGAGCAGCCUGCUGAUCGUUUCAGAUGAUGACAUGUCAUCUGCUAUCUCAUCUAUUCUGAAGGAUUUAGACUUUGUAGAAGAUAUCAGCCCACCUACUUGUCUGGUUCCUACUGGAGAUGACCAGCCAAAGUUCCCAGAAAAUACUGGUCUGAAACUAGAAGAUGACAGGCAGGAUUUGAAGGGAGCUGAAUGUGUGUUUGGUUCCUUUGAGAUUUCAAAUUCAACCAGUUACUUGAAGGAUUUGGCAAUAGAUGACAUUUUUGAAGAUAUUGACACUUCAAUGUAUGAUUCAGACUUUUGCUGCCCUCCCCUGAUGCCGCCCAGAUCACCAUCUCUUGCUACAGAAGAACCAUUGAAAACCUUCCCAUCUUGUAAUUCUUCUUCAGCAAACAACAUUCAGAUAUGCAGAACAGAUCUGAGUGAGUUGGACCACAUCAUGGAAAUUCUGGUUGGAUCCUGAUACUUGUUUUACCCAAAGAUACUUUUAGACUGCCACUUGGAUUUGGUUUCAGGAUAAAAGCCACUGGAAUAGUUGUAAAGAAUUCUUUUAAAAGCAAACUAAAUAAUAAUUUGUCCAUAGUAGAAUUUUCUAAAUAAUUCCAAAACUUACAAACCAAAAAAGUGGCAGAUUUUAAAAAAGAAAAAUUAUUUAUCAGAACUGUGCAAUCAUCAUUUUCCUUCCAGGGUGUAUGUGGAACAAUGGGCACAUACCCUCAUCACCCCUCAUGCCUCUUUCAAUAAACUUUUUUAUGUGCAAUUUUUAAUUUGACAGAAGAAUUUACAUGCAAAGCAAAUUUCAUAUGAGGUGAUCUUUUACAAAGCCUCCACUUUAUUUUUAAUAUCAGAGUCUAUGCCAAGCUGGCAUCUGUCAAGUUGCAGAGUUAGAUUGUGUGGAUUGCAGACAUGUUCUUAGAGAUGGGUAUAUUUUAAAAAUGAGACACGCUUUGCUUUCUUUUGGUCAGAAAAGCAGAUCAAGACACUUACCAACAAAGUCUCUUGCAUUUUCUAAAGCAUUCAGAACUAUUUAUUUUUGUAAAUUUUAUAGUCUUUCUACAUUUUACUACGUUAUUUCAUCAUAGUUCAAAUAUAAUGGACUUCUAGUUGGAUGUGUUUAGCACUACCUCUGAGCUGAAAUGCUUUAACUCUUUCCAGUGCUUCAUCUGAGACUGCAAAUCUUUUUGUUUCUGUUUCUUUCUGGGGGAAAGUACUUCUAACUCAUUAAGUUGAUCCUUUGACAGUGACCUAGCUGAUUUGUGAAAUCAAGGAUAUUCAAUGUUUAAAAACUUUUAAGUAUUUACAAAUUAAUUUAUAUGUAGAUUGUGCAAUUUAACAUUUUUCUGUCAGUAUUAUGUGCUUAGAUUUUGAAUAAUCUUGGCGUUCUUUAAAUUAAAAUUUACUAUGUACAGGUAGCUUUUUAUUCUCUUUUGGAAAACACUGUCCUUCAACCCUGCUUUCACUACAGAUUUUAAGAUGAUUUUUAUGUGCAAUAUUAUUUAAAGAGAUACACAUUUUUAUACCUGGCAUUGUGGGAAGAAACGCUUCAAACUUAAAGCCUCUAGCACCUUUGGAGGAUACUCAGCCAACAUUUCUGCAUCCUUUGAGAAGCCAAGCUGAGAGCACUGAGAACACAUCACCCUGUGCUGGGUGGGGCAGGGGUGUUUUUAUGCAGAUACACAAACACCCUGCUCAUCUGGAGGUGAGAUUUGCACUGGUUUUCCAUCAGGCAGUGUGGGUUCUGUGUUUCAGCCUGAACCGAGGUCUAGAUCGAUCCCUUCUGUCGUCUUCUGAGUUUCACACUUGCACAUUGCUUUUUGGUUUGGAUUUUGUUUUUAUUUUUCCUUCUUUUUUUAAUUAUAAAACUUUUACUUUGUUCUUGAAAGCUGCAGCACCUGUCUUGGAAACUUGCAGUCGUAAAACCUUUGCUUUGGUUUGUUGUAUUUUUUGGGGUUUUGUUGUUCUGCUGAGCCUUUUUAUGAACGGAGUGUCAGCAGAGGGGAAAAAUGUUGCCUGUGUGUUGCAUCUCACAGAAGUUGAAAUCCUGGCCCUGUUGAAGGGGCCAGGGUGUCACCUGGUAUUUCUAGUCUUAACUGAUGCUGUGGCACACCUACCUUGUGCAGAGAUCUCCAUUUUUUACUGUGACUCUCUUGGUUAACAGUUAGCUGCCGACAUAAUUUGGUAUCCCAGGCCAAUGGAGAAUCAUUUCCGGUCACAUCCUUGCAACCAUCUGGGUUGUUUAGCAGCUGAAGGGUAUAAAUGUAUUUAUAUGCAUAUAUUGUAUUGAUUCUAAUAUAAAACUUCUGAUCUAAGGCAUUUUGAAUUGCUGGAUAAAGGGAUUUGUUUGAAGAGUGUAUAACUAGUUCUUGAAGAGGUACAGCUUCAGAAUGUACACAGAUUGUGCAUUGUGUGUAGACUACUCUGGCUUUUCCUCAGCCUCUACUUUUGUAUUAAAAAUAUGACUGAAUAAAUCCUUGAAAUAUUAAGGGCCUUCUGCACUGUGAUGAAACAGAGAUGCGGUUAAAAAUGUCUUUAAAUUCAGUGAUGAGGGAUAAAAUAAAAAGACUGCAUCUAAUCUCUUUUUGCAUUUGAAAAUAUGGAAUGUUACUAUGCAGUAAAGAUAUUUUGGUAUGAAAAUUGUAUCAUAUAGCAAAUAGUGAACACUUAAUAAAUCCACUUACCUUGCAGUCUCUACAGAAACGGAAGAGAAGACAACUUGCUUUUCAACAUUUAUGUACUAAAGUUUUUUGUAUACUGCAGCAAAAGAUUUAAUUGUUGGUAGAUCUUUUAUCAACAAUUCAAAAUGCAACUUUUGUACAAGUCCUGGCUACAGAGCUCUGUUUCUAAUUGGUUGCUUGUGUCACAGUGCCAAGACCAUGAGCUGGUGUGUAAUGCAGUUCGGUUAUGUUUGGAAUUAUGUGCAAAGGGAAGUUUAAUUUUUAAAUAUGCACAAAUUAAUUUUAAAAUCCUUCCAUGUAAAAUGAAGUUAGAGGCUAGUUGUGGUGGACCUAUUUAUUGUAUGUUUGGAAAUAAAAGCCACAGUUUUGCAUUUAAA